AAUAAAUCGCGAAAGCUUGAUAAGAAGAAAUAGUUGGGGUUUAAAGGAGAGGGUAGUGGUUCUUCUCUUCUCUCUGCAACCUGCAAUGGUUUCGCUACCAACAUGGUGUCGCUACAUUGCCCACAAGCUCGAAUACUCCGUUUCCCUCAGCUGGAAGAACUACAAAGGAGGUCAAAUUACAGACAGAGAAUUUGGCGAUGUUGUUUGGAAAAACUUUUUUCAAGGAAAGAUGACAUACUUGCAUUGGAAUAAAGGAGAGGAGAUGGCACCUACGAUCGAUGGAAAAUCAGUUACCCUUAUUCGGAAAUUACCAACUGCAGACCCAGCGCGUGUUUUUGUAGGAGAUGUUGUGGUUUUGAAGGACCCUGAGAAGCCAGAUAACUACCUAGUCAGAAGAUUAGCUGCGAUUGAAGGUUAUGAAAUGGUUUCUACCGAUGAAAAGGAUGAACCCUUUAUUCUUGAAAAGGAUGAAUGCUGGGUAGUGGCUGAAAAUGAAAAAAUGAAAGCCAAGGAGGCGAAUGAUAGCCGAACAUUUGGUCCAGUUCAGAUGACAGACAUUGUAGGCAGAGUCAUAUACUGCCUGCGAAGUGCUGUAGACCAUGGCCGUAUACAGAACAGUUAUUUCGGCAUGAAAAAGGAUACGCCAGUGUUGGAAGUGGAACUUGAUGUUGAUGAGAUGGCAAAGAAUCAAAAAGUCUGAACUUUUUUCCCGAGAAACACUGACUAGUUUACUUUACGUAUGCCUUAGUUUCUUCUUGUGGACUUUCCAUGAAGCACAGAUGCAGAAUAAAACAUGAUUUUUAAAUUGUUGCAAUGGGGAUGGUGGUGUGUCCUUAGCAUGCUAGGCAAUUGGCUCGUUCUUCCCAACCACCAAAUUUGAAGCGGCCUGUGUUAAAGCUCGAGCUCAACAUUAUUGUAAGCCAAGUUCUAGCAAGGACUUAUUUUGGUCUGUAUGUUUGGCUCUAUUCGUAAGUCAUCAUUUGGCUCAAAAAUUGACCAAAUUUUGGUCUGUUUGAUAUGAUGGUUUCAAAUAUUUUCAUUCUGUUCGCUGCUCAAUGAAUAUGGUAAAAAGUUGUUGUGAA